GGCUGGUGCUUUCCGAGGCUGGCUUGCGGGCCGCGCCGUGGGGCGGUCUCCGGCGUAGCCCUCUGCCCUCCUCGCCGGGAUCUCAGUUCCUGCUUGGGCCGGUGCUCUGGUGGGCAGCGAUGCUGAAGCGCCCGGGGGCCGGGCCGUUGGCUGUGCUGUGGGGGCUGCUGUGGCUGCGCUUGGGCGUGAGCGAGCCGCCCCCGCGGCCGCCGCACUUGGUGCUGGUGCUGGCCGAUGACCUGGGCUGGAACGACGUGGGCUGGCACCGCUCGCAGAUCCGCACUCCCACCCUGGAUGCGCUGGGGGGCGGCGGGGUGCGCCUGGAGCGCUACUACACGCAGCCCCUCUGCACCCCGUCCCGCAGCCAGCUGCUCACCGGCAGGUACCAGAUCCAUACAGGUUUACAGCAUCAAAUAAUUUGGCCAUGUCAGCCCAGCUGUGUCCCACUGGAUGAAAAACUCCUGCCUGAGCUACUGAAGGAAGCAGGAUAUGUUACCCACAUGGUUGGCAAGUGGCAUCUGGGAAUGUACAGAAAAGAAUGCCUUCCUACCCGUAGAGGAUUUGAUACUUAUUUUGGUUACCUUCUUGGAAGUGAAAACUACUAUUCUCAUGAGCGUUGUGUGCCCAUCGUGUCAAAAAAUGUAACACGAUGUGCCCUUGAUUUUCGAGAUGGAGAAGAAGUUGCAACUGGAUUUGGAAACAUGUACUCAGUUAAUGUAUUUACUGAAAGAGCUGUAGAUCUUAUAGCCAAUCAUCAAACUGAGAAGCCUCUCUUUCUCUACCUUGCUUUGCAAUCUGUCCACGAUCCUCUUCAAGUCCCUGAGAAAUACAUAGAACCAUACUCCUUCAUCCACAAUGAAAAUAGACGCAAAUAUGCUGGAAUGGUAUCUAUUAUGGAUGAAGCUGUAGGAAAUGUCACUACAGCCCUGAAGAGGCAUGGACUUUGGGACAACACUGUUUUCAUCUUCUCUACAGAUAAUGGAGGCCAAACACUGGCAGGUGGAAAUAACUGGCCAUUAAGAGGAAGGAAGUGGACCCUGUGGGAAGGAGGAAUAAGAGGGGUUGGAUUUGUUGCAAGUCCUUUACUGAAACGGAAGGGAGUGGAAAGUCACGACCUCAUUCACAUUUCUGACUGGCUGCCAACUCUGGUGAGCCUUGCUGGAGGAUGUGCAAAUGGCACAAAGCCCUUAGAUGGCUUUGAUAUGUGGAAAACAAUCAGCGAAGGAAAACCUUCCCCCAGAAAGGAGCUGCUUCAUAACAUAGACCCAGUGUUCGUGGAUCCAUCUCCAUGUAAAGAUAUCACCAAACGUACAGCACUUCAGAGUAAUUAUUUUUCAUGGGAAGAUACAAUUUUCAAUACUUCCAUUCAUGCAGCAAUUCGAUAUGGAAAAUGGAAACUAUUAACAGGCAAUCCAGGCUGUAGUGACUGGUUUCCAGCACCAUCAUUAUUCAACGAGUCAAAUACACUAUCCUCUGACCCACCAACAAAGAAACUUUGGCUCUUUGAUGUUGUUAAUGAUGUUGAGGAAAGAAAUGAUUUGUCAGAACAAUAUCCUAACAUUGUGAAAAAACUUCUAUCUCGACUUCAGCACUACUACAAGAACUCUGUUCCUGUAUUCUAUCCAGAUGAUGACCCCCGUUGUGACCCAGCAGCAACUGGGGCCUGGGGACCUUGGAUGUAGAAAACUGCACAGCUGGAAGAAUGUCUGCUGUGUAGGUUAUAAGGCUGAUUUUCUUUCCUAAAUUUGUGCACAUAAAAAUUUACAUUCCCUUGUAUACAAGUGUAGACCUGCAUAUACAAAAAUGCACCAAGGGAAUCAGUCCAAUGACUCAGGGACCUUGCACAAAUCCGUCUGACCUUGUUUAUUUUUAUCAGAACAGAGUCAGCCUCAGUCUUUUGGAUUCAGUGCUUCUUACUUGAAAGUGGUUUGGGGAUUCAGUCUCGCAUCUGAUCGUGCCUGAAGUUUUACUAAAAUGGUAACUGCCAUUGAGACGUUAGCUUUUGUCCCUGACAUGCCUCCAAAGCAGAGAGUAAGAUGAUGCCGCUUUCCCAAAAUUGCUGGCCAGCUGGGAAACAUUAUUUCAGUUGGAAAGCUCUGAGUCAUGGGGGCAGGGUCUUCUAAAUUCUUUUGCAUUUGAAGUCAGAUGCUUGAUUUCAUACUUGCCAGCAGCCAGUUUUUAUUGGAGACCGACAGAGCUGUAAAGAAAAGGAGAAAGAAGCCAGUUGUUGAGUUCACUUGGCAUUCCAUUUUCUCACCUUGACCUCUUGGCUCUCUCUGUCAUGGGAGCAUUUUGAAAUCUCUGCGCACAAUCUCAUCUUGCAGUUCUCCAAAGUAAAUAGUCCUACCUGGAACCAUGACAGUUCUACAACCAAAAAAUGUUGCCAUUUCUUAAUAUUAAAUUCCAGAUUCUGCAGGCAGAAACCUAAGUUUGCAUCUUGGCUGCAGUUUUUUCUUUGUAAUUACAGAGAUUUUGUUGAUUUUGGUGGAAAAUUAAAUGUUUGCUGAGGUGA